AUGGCGGUCUUAGGCAUCGAUAUUGGCUCUCAAAACUCCGUCGUGGCCACCAUUCAGCGCGGAGUUGUCUCAGUCGUCCGCACGGAGCUCUCCGACCGCCUCACUCCUUCCUUGGUGCUCUUCGCCGAGGGCCACAGACUCAUGGGCGACCAUGCCGCCCCUUUGGUGGGUCUUGCUGCUGCUGCUGCUGCUGCAGCAGCGGCAGCGGGAGCUGCUGCUGCUGCGGCGGCGCCCGUUCCUGCUGCUGCUGCUGCAGCAGUUCCCGCUGCGCUGCAGCAGCGGCUCCCCGUGCGCGCUGCAGCAGCAGUAGUCGCCGCUGAGGCGACUGCUCCACCUGUAGCGUUAGCAGCACUGCGCUGGACAGCAGCAGCAGCAGCAGCAGCAGCAGCAGCAGGUCUUGCUGCUGCUGCAGUGCAUGCUGGGCGCGUCUGCUGCUGCUGCUGCGCUGCUUUUCCCUUGCGGGGCUCAAAGUCUUGA